GCCUCUGCUUCGUUGCUUGCAUGUCCAGCCCACGACUCGCAGAGGAUGCAUCGAUUGCAGUUUUAGAGAGAGAAAAAUUACACCAGGAGAGAGAAAAGAGAGUUGUAGGGAAGGAGCACGAAGACGAACCAGAAUAGAAAUACUCCACGCAAACUAUCCGUACGUAUAUCAUGCAACUGAUCGUAUAGGGGGAGAAGAGUUUGAGAAGGGACUCAAUGCUUCCAUGGCUGACAAUUCUAGGGCUAACUCGUGUGUUCUGAACUGAGGCUCGUUGCAUCAAACCAAAACCCUAGAAGAGAGAGCAGGUUUCGAGGAGGUUUCGGUGUCAGCUCCAGCUGGCAAUUUUGUUUGUACUUUUGGGAUUCAGGUGUUAGAUGAAGAUGGGUGAUCCUUUGCAGGACUCUACCCAUUGCAUGGGGGAGCAUUGCUAAAUAGCCCGAGCAUCAGGAUGAUUUGAAUUUUCAACUGUGGACUGCUAUGUUUUUUAUCACGUUGUAAUAUUCCUGAUGCACGUUGAUUGGUUCAUGGCAGCUGUAAGUGGUUGUUAGGCCUAAGCUCCGAAUACCGUGCUAGCCCCUGAAAAGAUUGCAGUUGGUUAUAUUUCAAGAAGUUUACUUUUAUGUUUUUGUACUAAUGUUGGUUUUGCAUACAUUUUCAUUUUUGCACCUUGGGGUUUUUUUUUUAGAAAAUAAGGCCUGUACGAUGUUAUGUGCAUUUUACUGCUAUUAGUCUUAUCUCUGUGUUCAAACGUGCAGACUUUUGUUGUAGGAGAAUCAAUUUGUUCUCUGGAUGUCAUCAUAAUGAGAUGUUCAAUUCAUUUGUCAAUGCAUUUUAAGGAAGGACAAAUAGUAGCUUAGCCUUCAAAUUUGAGUGGUAAUAUCAUUUUCUAGUGCUCUUAUGAUCUCAUUUGUCUUGAUCAUCCUUCCUGUGUGAACUUGAUAGUAGUCAUGAAACAAUGAGAGUGGGACAUUUGUUUGGAUCAAAAGGAAGGCACGCAUGGAUGCAGCUUAGAAUCUCCUUUUCUAGUCAAUGCUGAGGUUGUUUACAUGGGAAGUUUUGUUGACCAUGGAGUUGGAAUUGGCACUACCUCUCCUCGGCGAGCAGCAAUUGAAAAGGUUCAAGCGGAGCUUAGGCAGGAGAAUGAUGUGAUUGAGGAAAGGAGAAGAGAACUGGAAUUUCUGGAGAAAGGUGGCAAUCCUUUGGACUUCAGAUUGAGGAAUGCUGCUUCUGUUAGGGUCGAAUCUACUUCGUUGAACGAUCAGCCUCCUGAACAGUUUGUGACUAGUGAAGCCGAAGGUUGUUUUGCAUUGGCUGCUUCACCACAUGGGGACUCUCUUGAAAGUAGCGGUAGACCAGGGGCUCCUACAGUUUGUGAGCCCAUUUGUGCAGAUAAUCUCCUGUUAUUUGAUCAUGAAAGCAAUUUUUUUGAAGGUGAAACAAACUCUUUGCAUCCUACCCGGAGUAACAUUCCUUCAUCAGAAGAACAGUUGAAUGAGAGUCAAGAUGCUUGCCUCCCCAAAGGUCGAAAAUAUAAGCGAAGAAACAUGUCACGACCAAAUCGCCGUGCUGCUCGAUCGGUUCCAUCUCGAGGUGGUCCAAAGGAUGGGAAGCGGUUAUUGCUUUGUACGAACAACAAGGAUCACCAGAAUGAUUCUUCGAAUUGCAAUUCGAAUCCAAGCAGGAGUAUAGCUCUUGAGGUCUUACCUUCUGAUGGUCAAGUAGAUGUGGUGUUGGAUAAUGUACCGGCCCUGGGAUUGGCAAUUGGACUUACCAAAGUUGGUCUGAGUGAACCCCCGUGUGACUUCAAUUCUUCUAAAAGUAUGCAGGGUAAGCUGCAUAGUCAACACACACAAGUUGAUGCUGAAGAAACUUCUACAGCAAAAACUGAAGAUCAAACUACUUCUGCUCAACGAAAUGGGUUUAGAGAUGAUAAGGGAGCUAGAGAAAGCAUAACAGAUAAAGGUGAAAAGAAUAGUGCUGCAUUCAGCACAAAGGGUUUAGACUCAGAGUCCUCGUGCACCCAAACUAGCCAUAGCUUUGAUGCAAAUAACGGUAGUGACCUGUGUAACCAUUUAAGACAUGUUGAUUCUAAUGGAAAUACUAAGGAACAAACCUUCGUGUUUGAGGAGACACCACAUGUGGAAGGUGAUGAAAUGUUGAACGAUUGUAAUGAGAAAGAAGCAGAUGGCAUCGAAAGUUAUGCCUCAAUUAAUGUUGAACAUAGUUCUGUUAAUCAGAGCCACCAAAGUAAUCGUUCAAUUAUCAGAGCUGAGAAACAACUACAUGGAAAUGGUUCUGACACGCAAAAUGAGGUUAAAUGCCAAAUGAGUUUUGGGGGGAUGGAAAUAGAUGGCAGCACUGCAUCAGAGACAGACAGAAAACCUGGAAAUUCAUUGGGUGAUAAUUUAACUCCUGAAAAGGAAAAUGAUCGCUUGGGUAGAUUUAAGAGCUCAAUGGAUUACUCUGUUCGUGAUAGUUUCAACACCCAGAAGGAAAAACCUUGUGAUAGACAUCAGAGUUCUAUGAAUCCCGGCAUGCCUGAGUUAAUGGAGACGACAGUGUCUCUAAGGGGUUCCGCUGAUUCUUCUGAGCUACAAAUUUGUGCUGAAACCCAGUCAAAGUUGGCAAACAAGGCACAUGAAGACUCUAUUUUAGAGGAAGCUCAGAUCAUAGAGGCAAAUCGCAAAAGGAUUGCUGAGUUAUCUGCUGGUACCUUGGUCUCGAAAAAUCAUCAGACAUCUCAGUGGGAAAUUGUACUUGAAGAAAUGGCAUGGCUAGCAAAUGAUUUUGCGCAGGAGCGUCUAUGGAAGAUUACUGCUGCUGCUCAACUAGGUCAUCAAAUUGCUUCAACAUCUCAAUUAAGAUUUGAAGAACAAAAUUUAGAUUGGAAGCAAAAAAAAGUGGCUCGCUCCUUAGCAAAAGCUAUCAUAGAAUUUUGGCAUUCAGCACAGGAGAUGAGCAAAGAGGUAGAGCUGCAAUGUCGUGGAAUAGAUUUUACUUGUGCUGUUCAAGGAUAUGCAGUAAGGUUUCUGAGGUACAAUAACUCUCUUAUCCUGAUCGGCCUAGCUGAAGCACCACCGACGCCUGACCGGGCAUCUGAUUUGGGAAUUAAGGAAAUGUCAUCGGAGGAUCACUUUACAGAAGAAAACCUCUUUUACGUGGUGCCCUCUGGUGCAAUGGAAACUUACAGAAAAUUGAUAGAAUUCCAGUUAGCAGAAGUUGAGAAAACUGGAGGUAGCGUCCAUGAGGAAGCAGAUACUUCCUAUGUUGCUGCAGAAGAUAAUGCAUACGACGAGGAUGAAGGUGAAACAAGAAACUAUUAUUUGCCCGGAGGCUUUGAGGGUAAAAAGCCAUCAAAGUUUGCCGAGAAGAAAAGGAAAAACUUGACAAAAUCAUGUGCUGGGAGAUCAUACGAUCUGGGAACUGAUCCGCCAUUCACCCAAUGCAUGGAAACUAAAGUUGGGUCUCAACACUUACUAAUGGGAAAACAGCCUGCCAACGGUCUUACUGUUGGUUCAAUUCCAACAAAACGUAUGCGGACUCCUUCCAGGCUGAGGGUUUUAUGUCCUUUUAGCACUGGCACUUCUGGGGGUGCUCAGGGUCCAAACAAGACAGAUGCUUCCAGUGGUGAUACUAAUUUUUUUCAGGAUGACCCGGAAAUCUUGCAUUGUUGGUCCCAGAACCAAAAUGAUCUGGAAGUUGAGUCUGGGGGUGACUUCAAAACGGAAUCACCAUUUCACUCCACGGAAGUAUCAAAACCUAAAAAAAAGAAGGCAAAGCAUCUGGGUUCCAUAUUUGAGCAGAGAUGGAAGCUUGAUAACGAUUUCUUCCCUCAUAAUGAUUUUAGAAAUGAGCAGAGGGAUCAUUCAAAAAGUAGAUUGGACAAUUAUCACCUUGAGUCUAAUGGAAGCGUUGGUUUAUUUGGCCAACACAUCACUAAGAAACCAAAGAUGAUGAGGCAACCACUAGAAAAUUUGUUUGACAAUAACAGCCUAAUGUCUGGGUCAAUUUCUUCUCCAUUGGCUUCCCAGAUGAGUAAUGUGUCCGUUCCCAAUAAGCUCAUUAAAAUCCUUGCUGGCAGGGGUCAGGGAAGGAAAGCAAAGGUUUUUAAGAUGCCUGCUGGGCAGCCAGGGCCGGGAAGUCCAUGGUCACUUUUGGAAGACCAGGCCCUUGUUGUCCUUGUACAUGAUAUGGGUCCAUAUUGGGAGCUUGUUAGUGAUGCAUUCAACAGUGCUUUGCUAUUCAAGCGUAUAUUCCGCAAUCCCAAAGAAUGCAUGGAGCGCCAUAAAAUUUUAAUGGACAGAACUGCUGGUGACUGGGCUGAUAGUGCUGAGGAUUCAAUAUCUUCUCAACCUUAUCCAUCUACCUUACCUGGCAUUCCUAAGGGCAGUGCCAGACAGCUGUUCCAAUGCUUGCAGGGUCCAAUGGAAGCAGAUAUGAUCAAAACCCAUUUUCAGAAAAUUAUAACGAUUUCACAAAAGCUGCUUUGCCGUAUUGCAGAGAAUGAUUACCAGGAUGCAGAGCCUAUACAGCCACACAACUCUCAUACAGCUGCUCUUUCCCAAGUUUGUCCUAAUAACCUGAACGGAGGGGCUCCACUCAUGCCUCUUGAUCUCUGUGAUACAACUGCAUCAAGCCCCGAUAUUCUCUCCCUUGGAUACCAAGGUUCUCAGGCUAGUGGUUUACCAAUAUCAAAUCAGAGCACUGUUGCAUCUGUGCUUCCUGCUUCUGGUGCAAUUUACUCCUCACAAGGAUCCUCAAACAUGGUUGAUGGUAGUAACUUUUCACCUCCUUAUGGUCCGCUCAACGCCUUGGUUAGGGAUGGUAGAUAUGGCAUUCUUAGAUCAGCGUCCUUUUCUAUUGAUGAGCAUCGGGGAAAGGAGCAAUAUAAUCACAUGUCUGGAAGAAACAUUCACCACUCUGGCCUGUCUGUUGAUGGGGCUCCUCCUGGAACUGAUUGUGGUAUUCGCAUGUUGUCUGGUGGAGAUAUUAUGGGCAUUGCAAGGCCUGGGUUUCAGGGAAAUUUCCCAUCGGCAAUACUGAACUCUGGGAGAAUGCUUUCUUCCAGUGCAGAAGCAAUGCCGAGCCAAGUUAAUUUGCACUCUGGAGUUGGUUCUGCUCAAGGGAACUUAAUGUUGAGACCUCAGGAUGCUCUAAAUAUGAUGACGCCUGUCCAGAAUCCAGAGCAUAUGGUAUUGCCAGAGCUUCAGAUGCAGGCCACAAAAGAAAACAGCCAAGGAGCAGUUCCUCCUUUUGGUGGGUUGAGUUCUGCUUUCUCCAAUCAGACAUCCUUUCCACCUGUACGGACAUAUCCAAUCCAUCAGCAGCAGCAACAUCAAACCUCCCCACCACAGUCCCAUGUGAUCAGUAAUCCUCAUCUUCAAGCACUAAAUCACGCCAGCACCCAGCAUCAAGCAUAUGCAAUUCACCUUGCAACGGAGAGGCAAUUGCGGCAGCAGCGUUUACUCCAGCAACAUCAACAGUUUACCGCAUCCAAUGCUCUGAUGCCACAUGCACAUCCACCACAGCCCCAACUGCAAGGUAGUUACCAGGGUCAACCUCAAACUACUUCUGCAACCAUAUCACUGCCUCUGGCUCAAACUUCCUCAACGAGUCCCAUGUCACAGCAAAAGCUUCACAUGACGCCGCAUGGGCUGAACAAGAACCCUCGAACUGGUGGUAGUGGGUUGACCAAGUACAUGGGGAAGCAAAGGCAACCUCAGCAACAGUCGUUUCAACAAUCUCGAAGGAACCACCCCCGGCACCAGCACCAGCAACAGUCACAGUCUCAACAGCAAGCUAAAAUUUUGAAGGGUGUAGGAAGAGGGAACAUGGUAAUGCAUCAGAACCUCCCAAAUGAUUUCUCGUCUCCGGAUGGCUUUUCUGCCACUCCUUAUGGCCAAUCAGCUGAGAAAGCAGAACAAGUCCUACAUUUGGUGCAAAGUCAGGGAUUAUACCCGGGGUCACGAGUACAUCCUGUUCAACCAUCUAAACCUUUAGGGCCACCUCAUUUUUCAAACCAGUCCCGACCACAGCAAAAAAUGCAUUCUGGCCAAGCAAUCAUCAAACCACCAGAAGCUAUAGCCACACCAAAAGUCAAUGAAUCAAACUCAACCAAUUGUUGAACAAGCACUUCAACAAAAUUACGAAGUGAAUUCUGACCCACCAAGCAAGUUCCUGGCAGAUCAAGCUGACCAACUGUUGAGCAACUUAUCUGAGAUGAGUAAAACAACACAAAAGCCUCAGGACACGAUAGAUAAAGCUACUGUAAUUCCAGUUGUUUCGUCUUCGGAUGCUCAAUGGCGAUCACCGGAUCAAAUGUAUGGUUGCGGUGUGUCAGAUCCAGCAGUGCAUUUAGCUUCUGUUAGGGGUCCGCCUUUGACAAAUUGUGUUGGGACUGAAGGACUACGGUCAGCCAAGGGCAAGAGUAGGAGCAGCCAUCACAUAGUUUUCCCCGGCAACAACAGGAGCAGCAGCAGCAGCAACAAUCAGUGCAACAACAGCUGCCACCGCAGCAGCAGACACAGCAGCUUCAAUUAGGGCAAUAGCAGUUUGUACAUAAACAUCCACUAACUCUAAGCUGGAAUAAAGCACUUACCAUGCAGCUAUUCCUGGGAAGCUAAUCCUGCCCAGAUUGGGUCGGCAUGCCCAUGUAACAGCUGUUGUGUACAGAUGAAAUUAUAUCACCCUCCAUGGAAUUGUAAGAUGAAAGAGGCCGUGAUAUUGCAGGUAGUUAUAAUUUCUUGCAGGAAUGCUACCGGCAGGGUAUGAGGUUUUUUGGUAUUAUGUAUAUUACUGUGACCUAGAACCUCAGGAAGAUAGAUACCGAACAUAGUUACGUGUACAGACGACUGUCAUUUUGUGUGACCCUUUAUCUUAUUUCUUUUUAGACUUUUCUGUAGUGGGUAUCCUUGCUCAGAGUGGAGAGGCCUUAUUUCUUGGUGCCUCUAUAGAUUAGCUCCUGUAUUAUUUUUCCUUGGGAUUUAAGGUGUAACAAUCAUCGUUGUCGAAAGAGCCUUUGGGUAGUUUUUUUUUUUUUUUGAUCGGCCCUUUGGCUAAUUCUGUGAAUUCAAGUUUUCUGGUGUUUACCUUUUGUCCAUGUAAAACAAUUUUCAUUCGCCAGUGCCAUGGCCGCCUGGGCAUUUCUUGUGAUUCAUUUCUGUUA